AUGGAUUCCCAGAGCAUUCGUGACCUUGAGUCGGAGAAGAAGAUUUGGUCAGGUCAAUGUCGUGUCUCCAGAAUGUGGCUUGGGGUGAAUGUACAUACAGACAAAGUUCUCCAUUUCGACCUCAUUCUGAUGGAUUCAAAGGGCAAUGAUAUCUGGGUACAAAUCCCUCCUGUGUUGAUAGAAAAGUUUAAGAAGAUGCUGAAGGAGAACCAUGUUUACAUUAUCAAGAACUUCGAUAUCAAUACAACUGGACUGAAAUAUCGACCUAUUGGGAAUCCAUAUUUGAUACAAUUUAGUAGGAAGACAACUGUUCAUCAUAUUCCUGAAGUUCCUGCAAUUUCGACCUUCAAAUUCAGUUUCCUAAAUGCAAGUCAGAUGGCAGGCAAAUUGGGUCAUGUUGAGAUCCUUUCAGAUGUUAUUGGUCAACUGCGCACACAUUCAGAUGCUAUUACUACUACCAGCCUUACUCGGAAAACUAUAAGGAAAGAGCUCACAUUGCAACUGAUUGAGGGUGAUGUUGUCAAAGUAGUUAUUUGGGGAAGAGUUAUUCAACAGUUUGAUAAGAUUAUUGAUGCUCAUGGUGAUGAUCCGACUAUAUUGGUCAUUUCAGCUCUGUCAAAGCUUUUGCUACCGGUACUGUGCAACCAGAGCUGCCUGUCUUUGUGGAACCACCGCCACCUCCUGAAUUCCCUGUUAUUAACAUUUUCUGAACUUUUGAAAUUACAAGAGGAUCCAGACCAGGAGGAAAUGGUGUUUGCUGUUGAAUGCAAAGUUGUUGGAAUUAAAUCAGGCUGGUGUUAUAUGGGGUGUCCUACCUGUGUUUUGAAGCCUAUACAAAGGCAAAAUGAGUACUAUUGUGUUAGAUGCAACAAGGGACUAUCAACCAAGGCUGCCAAAUACCGUGUUCAACUUGAAGUCCAAAGUGAUUUGAAGUCAGCAGUAUUUGUACUCUUUGAGUAUGAAGGGAAGCGAUACUUUGGAUUGAGUGGUCAUGAACUCUUCCUGAAAAAUGGGCAGAAUGGUGACUUGCCACCUGAUGAAUUGCUUCAAUUGGUAGGUCUGACCAAGAAAUUCCAUGUCAAAUUCAAGAUCAACCUUUUUGCUGAUUCCCAGGCUGAUUUUACUGUGUUGAGAAUACUAGAACCCACCUCAAAGGGAGAAGGUUAUAUGAUUCACAAAGAUGGAUCAUCUUCAUCUAUUGCGAGUGGGCCUGCAUUUUCUCAACCCUCCUCUGAUCAGUCUGGACAGUCUGCUAUUGAAAAAUCAAUUGAAACACCAGUGGAUUCUGAUGCAACUCCAGACAACAAACUGAAGAGGAAGAUGCCCCUGGAGUGA